AGUGAGAGGUUACCGGGUCUCCGGACGGAGAGGUCUCGGUGACUCUUGUUGCCCCUUCCCGCGACUGAACCUUGGGAGCCAUGGUGAACUCGGGCCUCUCUGGAGCCGCCGCCGCCGCUGCCGCCUCCGCCGCAACCGUCUCUCAAGAGUGAGGGGCGCGGACGACGUGAGCGAGGAGGCAGCGGCUGGAGCGGUGGGGACAGCAGCCACCAUGUCGGAUACGCGGCGGCGAGUGAAGGUCUAUACCCUUAACGAAGACCGUCAAUGGGACGACCGAGGCACCGGGCACGUCUCCUCUACUUACGUAGAGGAGCUCAAGGGGAUGUCGCUGCUGGUUCGGGCUGAGUCCGACGGAUCACUACUCUUGGAAUCAAAGAUAAAUCCAAACACUGCAUAUCAAAAACAACAGGAUACAUUAAUUGUUUGGUCAGAGGCUGAGAACUAUGAUCUGGCUCUAAGUUUUCAGGAAAAAGCUGGCUGCGAUGAGAUUUGGGAAAAAAUCUGUCAGGUUCAAGGUAAGGAUCCAUCAGUGGAAGUCACACAGGACCUCAUUGAUGAAUCAGAAGAAGAACGAUUUGAAGAAAUGCCUGAAACCAGUCAUCUGAUUGACCUGCCCACAUGUGAACUCAAUAAACUUGAAGAGAUUGCUGACUUAGUUACCUCAGUUCUCUCCUCACCUAUCCGUAGGGAAAAGCUGGCUCUGGCCUUGGAAAACGAAGGCUAUAUUAAAAAACUACUGCAGCUGUUCCAAGCUUGUGAGAACCUAGAAAACACUGAAGGCUUACAUCAUUUGUAUGAAAUUAUUAGAGGAAUCUUAUUCCUAAAUAAGGCAACAUUGUUUGAAGUAAUGUUUUCUGAUGAGUGCAUCAUGGAUGUCGUGGGAUGCCUUGAAUAUGACCCUGCUUUGGCUCAGCCAAAAAGGCAUAGAGAAUUCUUGACCAAAACUGCAAAGUUUAAGGAAGUUAUACCAAUAACAGACUCUGAAUUAAGGCAAAAAAUACAUCAGACUUACAGGGUACAGUACAUUCAGGACAUCAUUUUGCCUACACCAUCCGUUUUUGAAGAGAAUUUUCUUUCUACUCUUACAUCUUUUAUUUUCUUCAACAAAGUUGAGAUAGUCAGCAUGUUGCAGGAAGAUGAGAAGUUUCUGUCGGAAGUUUUUGCACAAUUAACGGAUGAGGCUACAGAUGAUGAUAAACGGCGUGAGUUGGUUAAUUUUUUCAAGGAAUUUUGUGCAUUUUCUCAGACAUUACAACCUCAAAACAGGGAUGCAUUUUUCAAAACUUUGGCAAAAUUGGGGAUUCUGCCUGCUCUUGAAAUUGUAAUGGGCAUGGAUGAUUUGCAAGUUAGAUCAGCAGCUACAGAUAUAUUUUCUUAUCUAGUAGAGUUUAGUCCAUCUAUGGUCCGAGAAUUUGUAAUGCAAGAAGCCCAGCAGAGUGAUGAUGAUAUCCUUCUCAUUAAUGUAGUAAUUGAACAAAUGAUCUGUGAUACUGAUCCUGAGCUAGGAGGUGCUGUUCAAUUAAUGGGACUUCUUCGUACUCUAAUUGAUCCAGAGAACAUGCUGGCUACAACUAAUAAAACUGAAAAAAGUGAAUUUCUAAAUUUCUUCUACAACCAUUGUAUGCAUGUUCUCACAGCACCACUUUUGACCAAUACUUCAGAAGACAAGUGUGAAAAGGAUAAUAUAGUUGGAUCUAACAAGAACAGCACGAUUUGCCCUGAUAAUUAUCAAACAGCACAGCUGCUUGCCUUAAUUUUAGAACUACUCACAUUUUGCGUGGAACAUCACACAUACCACAUAAAAAACUAUAUUAUGAACAAGGACUUGCUAAGAAGAGUCUUGGUCUUGAUGAAUUCAAAGCACACUUUCCUGGCCUUGUGUGCUCUUCGUUUUAUGAGGCGGAUAAUUGGCCUUAAAGAUGAAUUUUAUAAUCGUUACAUCACGAAGGGAAAUCUUUUUGAGCCAGUUAUAAAUGCUCUCCUGGAUAACGGAACUCGGUACAAUCUGUUGAAUUCAGCUGUCAUUGAGUUAUUUGAAUUUAUAAGAGUGGAAGAUAUCAAGUCUCUUACUGCACAUAUAGUUGAAAACUUUUAUAAAGCACUUGAAUCAAUUGAAUAUGUUCAGACAUUCAAAGGAUUGAAGACUAAAUAUGAGCAAGAAAAAGACAGACAAAAUCAGAAACUGAACAGUGUACCAUCUAUAUUGCGUAGUAACAGAUUUCGCAGAGAUGCAAAAGCCUUGGAAGAGGAUGAAGAAAUGUGGUUUAAUGAAGAUGAAGAGGAGGAAGGAAAAGCAGUUGUGGCACCAGUAGAAAAAUCUAAGCCAGAAGAUGAUUUUCCAGAUACUUAUGAAAAAUUUAUGGAGACCAAAAAAGCAAAAGAAAGUGAAGACAAAGAAAACCUUCCCAAAAGGACAUCAUCUAGUGGCUUCAAAUUUACUUUCUCCCACUCUGCCAGUGCUGCUAAUGGAACAAACAGUACAAACAGUAAAUCUGUAGUGGCUCAGACACCACCAGCAAGUUCUAAUGGAUCCUCUUCCAAAACUACAAACUUGGCCACAUCAGUAACAGCCACCAAGGGCAGUUUGGUUGGUUUAGUGGAUUAUCCAGAUGAUGAAGAGGAAGAUGAAGAAGAAGAAACAUCUCCCAGGAAAAGACCUCGUCUUGGCUCAUAAAAUACUUACUGGGGACCCUGAAACGUGUGGUCUUACUAAAAUGCUGCAUCUGUUCAAUGAGCUGAAAAUCUGAAUCAGAAAGCUUUCUCACUUGAACUUAUAAAUAUACAAGGAGUAGCAAAAGAUACUCAGUAUAUCAGCUAGGAGAGUUUAGUUCUGUAAAAAGAAAAACAAAAAAAAGGCUUCCCAGGAACUUGAUUGCUUGCUAGUAAUUAAGGGGUUUGCCUUUCAGGCUGUCAAAUAAAGGUUGGUGACCUGAACCUGGGAGAUAGCCUCUCAGUGAGGAAACUCUCAGGUUUGGGAAUGGCUUGGGGAGGGACAAGGUUGAUAAAAUAUUAAAUGCAGGGUUGCUCCGGGGGGGGGGUAUCCGAUCUAGAAACAAUUGCAGAACUUUAGUUACAAACCCAAUAACAUUACUUGUAUAAUGGUGCUGGCCAUGUUGUUCUUUUAAUCAGUUGCCUCUUUUUAAAAAAUUUUUUAUGGAAAACAAAUUCAACUAUCAUAAAAGUGAAGUUAUGCUGUUGGGACCAUUUUUUGAAGUUUUAACAAAUUCAGCCUUAUAGGUAGUUGGAAGGGAAGUACACUCUGUGUUACAGUACAUGUUGAGUUUUCUACACCAUGAAUUUUCAGUAUGUAUUUUGAUGAAAACAAGCUGGAUUCAAAAUGGAGAGUUUUGUCAGUAGAACUUUAAAAUCAGCACUUUUAGAGAUAACUGAUGCCAAGUAUCAGUACAGUAUUUCGAAAUGAUUUUUUCUAGAAACUUGGGAGUGGGUUGAACAGAAUGUUUCCUACUGUCUCCCUCCCAGUCACUCUUUGGUGGAGGAUACUUUGAAGUCACUUUCUGUUUUGUUAAGUUGUCUCUGUCCAGAGCUGCAGGCUAGUUUUAAAGUGUAAUUUAUAAAGACUCCCAUACAAAGAAUAGUGCUGAAUUAAGUGGCAUAUCUAGAGGCCAUUUUGAUCCAAGAAGUUACUUCAGUAUCAAAGUCAGUAUGCAGCACAUGAAGUUUUUCCAUAAACAAGGGUGUAAUAUUAAAGCUGCUUUUUUUUUUUUAAAGAAUAAAAGCACAUUCCAUGUACGUAAAUGAACUUAAAAUAGUAAGUUGAGGCAAACAGUUAAGAAGUUUUAUUUUUAGAACAGCAAGUUAACUGUAAAUAUUUUAAUGUUAGUUUUGCUCAUCUAUGAUCUGAGAUCAUGCUGAAGUGAGAAAAACGUCCCCCAAACUACAAUUUAAUGCAUUGGGAAGAAAAGUGAAAAAUAGUAAUUCCAGCUACAAUCUUCAGAUCACCCUUGUAAUGUGUUAUGGGUCCAUUUUUCCUGGAAUAGCUUAAACUGAAGCAGUUUCCCCUGUUUUGGAGAUUUUGUAGUUAAUUUUAAUUUUGGCUAUUGUUUGGAAAAGAUGGGCUGUCUGUGUAGAUAUGAAGUAUAGUUUUUCCAUAAAACAGAUGUUUAUUUUGUAUUAAAAAAUACCACUGUACUUGUUUUACACCAUUUGUAUACAUGUGGUGAUAUUAAUGCUGACCUGUAAAAUUCAGGAAUUAAAAUGUGACCCUGUAAUUCUA